GAGGGAGGAGAGCUAGGGGGGAUGGGGAGCUUGACACAAAGCAAUGACCUCGGAGGAGAGGAGCAGAUGGUCCCACUUACUCCUGCCGCUGAGCGAGCGAGGCUCUCAGGGCCCCCGGCUCGGGCCCUGACCUCGCCCGCCCGCCCCCCGAAUGCCUCCACCCGGGCCCCGCGGGGGCUGCGCUCUGGAGGACCCCCCCGCCGCCUGCUGCCCUCUGCGCCUCGCCUUGCCUAGGGCCUCCAGGAAGGGGGUGGGGGCUGGGCUGAGAAUCUGCCCUUGUCGCUGUUCUCAAGAACCUGCACAGGGCCAGAGGUGCCCCAAAACUAGCUAAGUGUGUGAGCCGCCUCCUGGGGCUUUCGUGAAAACGGAUUCUUGUCCUCUUCAUCCACCCCAGACCAAGGAAACUCUGACAGUGGGAUGCCACCAUUUACAUCGUUAGGUAGAACUCUGGGUUGUUCGAAUCCACAAGCAAGUCUAAGAACCGCGAUCUCUCCACCGGCUUCAUUUUCACUGAAGAAGCUCAGACUAAAGGAGAGGCAGUUGUGCAGAAGCCGGGACUUGGGCGGAAGACAAGACGAGGAAGGCAUGGGGACCUAGCUUCGUUGGUAGAGGGCUGCUGAGCAAGCAGGAAUCCCUGGGUUUGAUCCCCAGGACUUCGUAUCUGUAAUCCCGACGCUUGGGAGGCGGAGGCGGAGGGAUCAGAAGUUCAUUACAUGGCAGGCCAGCCUGCCAUGCAGGGGACCCCAUAAGACGACAGGAACCGCUGGCCUCCCGGACCAUUCGGAUCAGACUACACCUUAUGAGGACUUAAGUGUUUACCUUGUGUCUGUUCUUGGUGCUAGAAGUAGGAAGGCAAGUUAGUCUGGUCUCCGUUCUUGGACUCAUAGCCCACAGCUGAACAGGCAGAGAGACUUGUGGGCACCCCACGCUAACACAUGGCAAGGGCUGGUGGAAGCUGUGGGCAAUGCUGUUUCUUUUGGGAGAUGUGGAAGAUGGAAAUGUUUGCGGGCCAAAUGAAGAGGAGACACAAUGAAAUCCAUGUCAGACUUCCACGUGCACCCCCAGGCCGUCGUGGGUGAGGAGGGCGGUGUCGCCCGCUUCCAGUGCCAAAUCCAUGGGCUUCCCAAGCCCCUGAUCACGUGGGAGAAGAACAGAGUCCCCGUUGACACGGAUGAUGAGAGGUACACAUUACUGCCCAAGGGGGUCCUGCAGAUAACGGGCCUCCGGGCCGAGGACAGUGGCGUCUUCCAUUGCGUGGCCUCAAACAUUGCCAGUGUGCGAGUCAGCCACGGGGCGCGGCUCACCGUGUCAGGCUCAGGCUCUGGGGUCUACAAGGAGCCCACCAUCCUCGUGGGGCCUGAGAACCUCACCCUGACGGUGCACCAGACCGCCGUGCUGGAGUGUGUCGCCACGGGCAACCCGCGCCCCAUUGUGUCCUGGAGCCGCCUGGAUGGCCGCCCCAUUGGGGUGGAAGGCAUCCAGGUGCUGGGUACGGGAAACCUCAUCAUCUCAGAUGUGAGUGUCCAGCACUCAGGUGUCUAUGUCUGUGCCGCCAACAGGCCUGGCACCCGAGUGAGGAGGACAGCCCAGGGCCGGCUGGUGGUACAAGCCCCGGCAGAGUUUGUCCAGCAUCCCCAGUCCAUCUCCAGGCCAGCUGGGACCACAGCCAUGUUCACCUGCCAGGCUCAGGGCGAGCCACCCCCUCACGUCACAUGGCUGAAGAACGGACAGGUGCUGGGGCCAGGGGGCCACGUCAGGCUCAAGAACAACAACAGCACACUGAGCAUUUCUGGAGUUGGUCCUGAAGAUGAGGCCAUCUACCAGUGCGUGGCUGAAAACAUCGCUGGCUCAUCGCAAGCCAGCGCCAGGCUGACCGUGCUGUGGGCCGAGGGGUUGCCGGGCCCCCCACGCAAUGUCCGGGCUGUCUCUGUGUCCUCCACCGAGGUUCAGGUGUCUUGGAGUGAGCCUCUCGCCCACACCAAGGAGAUCAUUGGCUAUGUCUUGCACAUCAGGAAGGCUGCUGAUUCACCCAAACUAGAGUAUCAGGAAGCUGUCAGCAAGAGCACUUUUCAGCAUCUGGUCAGAGACCUUGAGCCCUCCACAGCCUACAGCUUCUACAUCAAAGCCUACACACCGAGGGGGGCCAGCCUAGCCUCUGUCCCCACCCUGGCCAGCACCCUGGGGGAAGCCCCCGCCCCACCCCCGCUAUCAGUGCGCUUGCUGGGCAGCUCCUCUUUGCAACUGCUGUGGAAGCCCUGGCCUCGGCUGGCCCAGCACAACGGCGGCUUCAAGCUGUUUUACCGCCCAGCCAGUGCAGCCUCCUUCACCGGUCCCAUCUUGCUGCCUGGGACCGUCUCCUCUUACAACCUCAGCCAGCUUGACCCCAGCACUGUGUAUGAGGUGAAGCUCCUUGCCUACAACCAGCAUGGGGAAGGAAAUGCCACGGUCCGCUUUGUGUCUUUGAAGGGAGCCUCUGAGAGGACAGCCUUGGGUCCCCCCUGUGACUGCUGGAAGGAGGAUGUCAGCAACCAUUCAUCCGCCACAGGCAUUGUCGUCGGCAUCCACAUCGGAGUCACCUGCAUCGUCUUCUGCGUUCUCUUCCUCCUGUUCGGCCAAAGGGGCAGGGUCCUCCUGUGUAAGGAUGUGGAGAACCAGCUCUCCCCUCCCCAGGGUCCCAGGAGCCAGAGGGACCCUGGUAUUCUGGCCCUGAAUGGAGUGAGCCGAGGAGAAGGGGGCCAUCUCGGACGAGACGCCAAGGAGCUGGAGCAGCUAUUUCCCCUGACUGGGUCACCUGGGCAGCCGGGCUCCAAACCCACGGGCCUCUCAGCCUCUGCUCCAUGUGAGGAGACCCAGCUCUCCAUGGUGCAGCUUCGAGACUUCAACCUUGUGUCUGGGAGGAUGACCGAGGCCAAGUCUCCCUGUGCGGGGCCCGGGCCGGCCCCAGCACCCCAGGAUGUAGGCCCUGGCCUGCUCAGUGAAGGACAGACUGCCCAGCCUCCAGCAGCCCCAGCUUCCCAGUGAGCUCACUGGGACAAGAGCCAGCGUUUGGUGUGUUCCCGAGGGGCGGUGCCCCAUUCUCAGGUCAAAGGCGAGGUUUUUCCUGUUCCUGUGGGAUUUGGAUGGUUCUAGGAGCCCGCCACUGAAGGACAGGGUUCUCAAACCACAGGAGCUGGUAGGCCCUGUUACAAAUGGCAUCUCUCCACUAGAGCUAAUGCCCCUCACCAACGCCUGCAGCCCACAGGACUUCUAAUGAAACGAACGUUUAACUUUAAAAAUCAAAAAUUUAACAUCAAAAAUGAGAGAGAAAGAAGAGAGGGACUGAAUUAUACUCCAGAAAUACGUCCCUGCUGUGGCCUGUCCCUAAUGCCAUCACGCAGCUCUGACCUUGUUUUCUCAGGGUGGAUUUCAGCUGUUUUGACUCUCAGCACCUACCUCAGCCGGAAUGAAUGUCCUUGGGGGCUAGCGGGGCAGUAGCCUCAGCCCCCUGCCCCACAGAGCCCAAAUGCACUCCUACCUCAAGCCCCUUUAUGGGUACCCCGCCCUCCCCACAUUGUUGCCCAGAGAAAAAGAAGAAAAACAAAAACAAAACAAAACAAAAAACAACAACAAAAAAAAACCCACUGUCCCAACUCCAAGUGUGAAAGAAACCGUCUACCUCAACCUCAAGGCCCUCUGUGUGGGCCUGUGUUAUCACUGGACCCUCCUGGGCCUCCUCCUCCCCUAGCCUUGCCUACCUCCCCCCAAUAGAGGAGGCUGUAGCUAAGUGACCAUGGGGGCUUACAGAAACAGAGAUGAAAUUGGUCAGAGAGAAAAUGUGAAACAAGCCAAAAAAGAAGAGGAAAGUUGCUCCUUGAAGUAUAGACAUUGUCCCAAACUGUUCACCUCCCUGCUGCCCCCUGUACGCCAUCCCCUGUGUCCACCCACGCCUGUCCUGACCUUCUCAGAAAACCCGCUGGCCAUCUGGAUCCUUGUAGUCCUCCCUGCCUGGGCCUGGGGAAGGUAAGACAGACCCUGGAGGCUCAGUCCCGCUCAGAACGGAGCCCGCCCCUGGGAUGUGCUGCAUUGCGGGGAGCUGGGUGCUCCCCACAGAGGCACUCCAGCCUUCUGUGACUGAGGUUACCCGACCUGCCCCGUCAGCAGAGGUGGCCAGGAGUUAUUUUUGUAUGAGGUGUGUUUACGUUUUAUUUCUCUUUUCUGUUGAAUUGUUCUCUAAACUACUUAGGUUUAAAAAGAAGAAAAAGAAAGAAAAAAAUUAAAUACGUAUUUUUGGUUACACUCAGAAACAUUUUUUUAAAUAGCAGAAGAAAAACAUUUUUUAAAGAAAAAGAAAGAAGUGUAUUCCUUUAGAAUGAGGUUAGACUAUAAAGUCCCUGACCCCAGAUCCUCUAGGGACAGCCCACCCUGAACUUUGGAUAAUUAGCUGAAAAAGGUAGACUUCGUGGCAUUUUGUUAGAAAACUAGAGUCUUGUCCAAAUGGACUUGGGAAGGGCAGUUUGUCCCUUCUCCCGAAUGGUGGGUGGAUUCCGGGGCUCUUCCCAGUCUGAGGCACUGCCCUCUGCUCUGUCCUGUGGUGUCACUUCUCUGUGGCAUCCCAUUCCGCCUGGGUCGGAGGGGCCGGGGGGAGGGGGCUGGCAGCCUCUUUGGCCUCCCCCGAGGUUGUCACAGUCUGUUCAUUUUAACUGAAUAAAACUGUUGCCAAAGCGAA